UAGACGUAAUGUCAACCUGAGAGCAGAAGAGACAAUCAUUCCAGUGGGAGGCCGUGUGACCCUGACCUGCUCUGUGGAGGAUCCUGCUGGCAUGGAAUAUGAAUAUGAAUUCAGACGUACUUCAGACACUCCUGAAAAACCUUCUGCUUGGACUGAAAAGGAUAAAAAUAAAGUCGACAUAUCACAUGGAGGCAAAUACAUCUGCAGAGGAUGGAGCAGGGAACGAGAUUUCUUCACACCUACAAGUGAUGAAGUCACCAUUCAGGAAACUGUUCCCAACAAAGCUGUUGUGACCUUUCAACCCGACUGGCCUCAGAUAUUCAGCGGUGAGAAGAUCACUCUCAGAUGUGAGAUCCAGGGAGGUGGAGACACUGACUGGACUUAUGAAUGGAGAACAACCAGCUCACACAUAGUUCCUACAGGAAAAGAGUAUAUUAGCAGUGCUGAGUACCCCAGUGGUGAAUACCGUUGUAUGGGUAGAAGUGACUAUUUCUUAACUAAGUGGAGUGAAGCCAUCACAGUAUCAGCUCACAGACCAAAGGCCCAACUGAGAGAUGAGAAGAGAGACAUUCCAGUAGGGGGCAGUGUGACCCUGACCUGCUCUGUGAACACAGCACCAUCAUCUGGAUGGAAAUACUUCUGGUACAGAGGAGAGAAAAACUCUCUGUACACACAAGGUGGUGUUCUCUACUCAAAUGCACCAAUCAGUGUCUCAGUAGGAGGAGUCUACUGGUGCAGAGGAGGAAGAGGAGAGCCUGUCUACUACACAGAGUACAGUGAUUCAAUCACUGUCAACAAAAAACUUGCAAACAAGGCUGUUGUCACUCUGCAACCAAACUGGUCUGAAAUAUACGAAGGAGAGAAGAUCACUCUCAGAUGUGAGAUCACAGAUGAAGGAGACUCUGAGUGGGAGUAUGAAUGGACAACAACCAGCUCAAUAAAACCUUCAAAUCAAAAUGAACACCAUAUUAGAUCUGCUUAUACAUCCCACAGUGGGACCUACAGCUGUAAGGGCAGAAUGAAAAGUGCACAGCAGUCUUCAACAGAGUGGAGUGAUCCCAUUACAUUGACAGUAUCAAACACAUACAAACCCUGGGCCAUACUGAGUGCUGUUAACAGAGACAUUCCAGUAUGGGGCAGUGUGACCCUGAUCUGCUCUGUGAACAAAGCAUCAUCAUCAUCAUCAUCAUCAUCUUCGUCUGGUUGGAAAUACUUCUGGUAUAGAGACAAGAAAACCUCUGAAGCCCUGACCUCACAAAGUGUUCUUUACUCAAAUGGACCAAUCCAUGUCUCAGUAAGAGGAGUCUACUGGUGCAGAGGAGGAAGAGGAGAGCCUGUCUACUACACAGAGUACAGUGAUCCAGUUAUUGUCAACAAAAAGAUUGCAGGCAGGGCUGUUGUGACUCUGCAACCCAACUGGUCUGAAAUAUACAGAGGAGAGAAGAUCACUCUCAGAUGUGAGAUCCAGGGAGGUGGAGACACUGCAUGGACAUAUGGAUGGACAACACCCAACUCAAAAAGAUUUCCAACAGACAAUGCAUACAUUAUUAUCAGAGCUACUGAGUCCCACAGUGGAAAAUACCGUUGUAUGGGUAGAAGAGACACCUAUACCUCAACAGAGUGGAGUGAAGCCAUCACAUUGAAAGUCUUGUCAUACAAACCCCGGGCCGAACUGACUGCUGACAACAGAGACAUUCCAGUAGGGGGCAGUGUGACCCUGACCUGCUCUGUGAUCACAGCAUCAUCAUCAUCAUCAUCAUCAUCAUCAUCUGGUUGGAAAUAUUUCUGGUACAGAGGAGAGAAAACCUCUGAACCCCUGACCUCACAAGAUGUUGUCUUCCCCCCAAGUAGACAAAUCAGUGUCUCAGUAGGAGGAGUCUACUGGUGCAGAGGAGGAAGAGGAGAGCCUGUCUACUACACAGAGUACAGUUAUUUGACUGUCAACCAAAAACUUGCAAACAAGGCUGUUGUGACUCUUCAACCAAACUGGUCUGAAAUAUACGAAGGAGAGAAGAUCACUCUCAGAUGUGAGAUCACAGAUGAAGGAGACUCUGGGUGGGAGUAUGAAUGGACAACAACCAGCUCAAUAAAACCUUCAAAUCAAAAUGAACACCAUAUUAGAUCUGCUUAUACAUCCCACAGUGGGACCUACAGCUGUAAGGGCAGAAUGAAAAGUGUACAGCAGUCUUCAAAAGAGUGGAGUGAUCCCAUUACAUUGACAGUAUCAAACAAUAAUCCUCAGCCUGUCCUCUCUGUGUCUCCAUCAUGGCUGAGUCCUGGAGCCUCAGUAACUCUUAACUGCAGUGUUAAAGAUCCAUCUGCAGGAUGGAGGUUCUACUGGUAUAAGGCUGUUCCCAGACUGUCAGACAUCUCCUACAGCUAUGAUCUGCUACCUGGCAGCACCAAUGGGACUGAACAGGAUUCCUACAUCGUUGAUGGACAGACACACACAGCAGGAUAUGUGUGCAGAGCUGCAAGAGGAGAUCCAGUGUUUUACACUUAUUACAGUGAACCGAAGUUUGUCUGGUCUGGAGAGUUUGAUUUGUCAGCAUCUCUCACAGUGAGUCCUGACAGAGUGCAACACUUCACCUCUGAGUCUGUGUCACUGAGCUGUGAGGGGAACUCUACUGAGUGGAGAGUGAAGAGUCUUCCUGAGAACAGCUACUGGCCAUACUGCUCCAGCUGGGGGACAAUGACCAGAUCUACAUGCACCAUACAGCGUUACAGACUCAGUGCUGCGGUGUUCUGGUGCGAGUCUGGAUCAGGAGAGUUCAGCAACGCAGUCAACAUCACUAUACAGAAUGAAGAUAUUAUCCUGGUGAGCCCCGUCCGUCCUGUGACUGAGGGAGAUUUUGUUACUCUUAGCUGCGAAUUGAGACGACAAAUUAGUUCCUCGAAAGUUUUUUUCUAUCGAAAUGGUGAAGUCAUUCAAAAUGCCACCAGAAGGGAGCUAAAUAUCUCUGCAGUGUCGAAGUCAGAUGAAGGCCUCUACAAGUGUCAACACUCAGGAACAGAGUCCACACAGAGCUGGAUGUCAGUUAAAGAUGAGGAAGAAAACAAAUGCUUCUUUUCUUUCAUGUAAACCAUGUUUCUGUCUAAGAAAUCAUUUUCAUGUGUGUACAUUCAUGUUUAUACCUCUGCAUUUGUACAUGUAUGUCAUGUUUUUAAGAA